AUGGCCAUGUCCGCCGCCGCCGCCGCCGCUGCCGACGACGACUUGGACUUUGACUUCUCCGACCAUGACCUCGACGACCUGCCCGCCAACGCCAUCCAGCAGUUCGAGGCCGACGCCAUUCGCGCCACGCAGCAGCAGACGCAGACGAGACGUGCAGCGCCCGAGUCCGACUACGGCCUGGACGACGGCGACGCAGUGGUGAACCUCGACGAUGCAGACAGUUUCGCCCAGGCCCAGCACGCCGAUGCCCACGACGCCUACGACACCUACGACGCCUACGACACCACCAUUGACGAGAGUCGCCACUUCGACCACGCUCACGACCACGCCCACGACCACGCUCACGACCAUGCCCACGCCCACGACCACGCCCACGACCACGACCACGCCCACCCCCACGUGCAGGCGCUGCAGCAGCCACGCCCGUCCCAGGCCGACCCCGGCCAGCUGCUCUCGCGCAUCAAGCAGCUGGAGCAAGACAAGGCCCGCGAGAAGAGACACGCCGACGACCUCAAGGCCAAGCUGCAGACCAAGGCCGGCGAAGCAGACACCCUCCGACGGCGCCACGAUGCCGACCUGCGCAGACACGAGCGCCAGCUGGCCGACCAGCACCUCUUCCACGGCGGCGAGCUGGCCAAGCUCAGGGCCGAGAUGGAGACCCUGCGCCGCGAAAAGGAGCAGGCCAGCACCAACAACAUGUUCCACCAGCACGACGUGCGCGACGCUGCCAUGGCCCCGCGCACACGAAAGCCCAUGGCCGCGCGUCCCAAACCCAGCGCUGCCGUAAGCCCAGCAGCGACCCCGCGGAAAAAGGCGCGAGGUCCCCUGGCCGAUGGCUUUGAAGACGACGAUUUGCUCGUGGCCUCGCCCUCGCGCGCCCGCGAGAGCUCCAAGACAGCAACGCCGAGCCUGGCCAGCAAGCGGAAAAGGAACGUCGUCGACGCAAGCCCCAUUCCUCUCCAGCUGAGCGAGCCGCGCUCUGCAAAAGAACCGGAACCCGUCCAACGAGAAGCACAGAUCGAUGCAGCUCUCUUGGAUUACUUCCGCAAAGACGACCAGCGCUUUGAUUUACUGCAUCGCCUUCUCGCCCACAGGUCGUCGAAUGGGACCGAUCGUGUCUUGGAGGUGCUCGCACAGCACGCGUUCCCCUCAGACCCUUCCAAACGACUGUCAUCCAUCUUCUACGAUGCCUUGGCCGCCAAGGCGUUCUCAGACGUCCACGCUCUGGCACUCGACAUCUGCUUCGCCAUCUGCCAUCUCUGGACGCGGUGUCUGGCAGAGAAGUACUACGCUCCUGUCAACUUGCUGCUCGACGCAUUCCACUUCGUCUUAGCAUGCGAACGGUGCGAGACUGCCUGCCAAGUAAAGGGCCGCUUCAUCCCGCUCAUGAUCGACUCGAUCGACUUGGUGGCGAACCCUCUGUCGAAGGCUGCCAAGGUAGGCGAAGACGCCGUCGCCGCCUUGUAUGCCUCAGGCCACCGCGAAGUCACGGCUCAGAUUGACGUCCUGGGCUGCCUGGAACUGUUGUACCUCAUCGCCACGAGCUGCGUCAGCAUGGACGGCACCGAGUCCGCCGAGCUGUGGGCAUCUAUUCCAUCCGACUUUGCCAUCAUGCUACUCAACAAAGAGCAGCCAAUUGCACAAGUCUCCCUCAUGCUCCGCAUCAUCAGCACCUCCGCACUGCCGGCCUCGAUCGGGCCCAUCACCUCCUCCGAUUCCCAAGUCGACAGCCAGGCAAGCAAAGAAGACGCCCUCAUCGGCCGUCUGACCAACCUCUUCACCGAAACGCCUGGUAUAACUGCCGAUUGUUCUCCGUCCUCGCCCUCCUCGCCCUCCUCAGAUCCACCAGAGACUGUCACAGAGUCGGACAUCCUGGAACUCCGCUUCCAGGUCAUCGACCUCCUCACUUCGCUCUCUAUUCCUCAGCACGGCGCCACCCGCCUCGCUCAGAACCGCAUCUGCAUCGGCCGGCUGAUAAAGUAUCUCGACCGCCUCCUCAUACUGCUCUACAAAUCUCCCCUCGCACCUACCCAAGACGUCACAAUCGACUCGAUCAACUCUACGAUGAAGCUCAUCUACCACAUCGUAACAAGCAAUCCCGGGUUCGACGUCAAGAGCAAGUUAGUCAACACGCUUGGAGGGCAGCACGCGUAUCUGGUGUCCCUGACGCGGUUGGCAUUCAGUGAUGGGUUAGUGUUGGAAGCCGGUAUUGAAGACGCAGUCAUUGACAUGGCGCAUCACAUUCUGGACGAGGGGCUCAGCUUGGAAGAGGGAGAGGCUUUUGGAGCUGUGUUUAGCACUGCGACGAGCACGCUGUAG